AGAAGAACCGAUGCGGGGAAACCGCCGCAGCCUCCGCCAUCUUUCACAGAAUAGCACAAACAGUGACGUCGGUCCUCCUACCCACCAAAGAGUGCGGUCCGCCGGCAGCCCGUCAUGCAUCAUACAAACUCUUUGGGCAAAGAAGCCUAUCAAAAAAAUGACGGCCCAGGAAGUAAGGCUGUGUGGCUUGCUUCUACAAGAACACUUCGGGGAGGUGGUGGAGAGGAUAGGCACGCACUUGUUACGAGGAGGGGCACAAAACCUCAGGACCAUUGCCAAUGAGACCAACACACCACUGGACCUGGUAAAGAAGUCGCUGUGUGUGUUGGUGCAGCAUGGGGUGUGUGACUUUGGGUCCGGCAGGCGGGGCCCGGGGAGCCCGGUGGAGUACCGGGGCAACUGUGAGAGGGUUCUACGGAUUCUUCGGUACCCGCGUUACAUCUACACGGCUAAGACCCUGUACGGAGAUACGGGUGAACUGAUUGUGGAGGAGGUCCUCCAACGAGGCCACAUGACCAUGAGCAACACGGUCAAGACUGUAGCUGACCGACUGACUCAUAACAUGGAGGAGGGUCGUAGCAUGGAGUACAGUGAGGUGGUCUCUUCGUUCUCUAAGCUGGUGGAGACUCACUUCCUGCAGCGCUGUCCUCCAGUGGCCGAGACGGCAACCGCAGCGCCCUCUGCUACCCCUGCGACCCACCGCACUCCCGCCUCAGUAACCCCCCCAACAGCAGAGAGCAACCCAGACUGCUACAAGCUGCCACCUGUCACCCUCACAGGCCGUGGGAAGCGCAGGCGCUCCAGUGACGACGGUGAGGAGCCCGGAGGGGUGAAGAAAGCCAAGAUGGACUCGGAGUCGUGUGGCGAUGAGGGGAUCUACUGGCAGGUGAACUUUGAGCGGUUCCAUCAGCACUUCAGAGACCAGGCUAUCAUCAGUGCUGUAGCCAGCAAACUGGACCAGACCAGCAGUGAGAUUGUGAGGACCAUGUUGAGGAUGAGCGAGGUCACCACCACGCCCACAGCAGCCUACACGCAGCCGCUCUCAGCCAAUGAGAUCUUCCGCUCCCUCCCGCCCAACUAUAGCAUCAGCCGGCCAAUUCUGGACCAGUACCUCUCCCUAUUGGUGGACGACCCGAUGGAGUUUGUAGGGAAGUCGGGUGACAGUGGGGGGGGGAUGUACGUCGUCAAUCUACACAGAGCCUUGGCCAACCUGGCUAGAGCUACACUGGAGUCAGUGGUACAGGAGAGGUUUGGCUCACGUUCUGCACGGAUCUUCCGUCUGUUGCUAAGGAAGCGCCACCUAGAGCAAAAGCAGGUGGAGGACUUUGCUAUGAUCCCUGCCAAGGAGGCCAAAGACAUGCUGUAUACACUGCUGUCAGAGAACCUAGUGCAGCUCCAGGAAAUCCCCAAGACCCCUGACCACGCCCCUUCACGUACCUUCUACCUGUACACAGUCAACCAGCUCCCUACUGCCCGCCUACUGCUCCAACACUGCUACAAGACUGUUGCUAAUCUGAUCGAGAGACGCCUCUUCGAGACCAAGGAGAACAAGCGUCUGCUGGAGAAGUCACAGCGAAUCGAGGCAAUUUUGGCGUCACUGCAGGCCAGUGGGGCGGAGCCUGAACAGCUGACAGAGGUGGAGGAGAUGAUCACCGCCCCUGAGAGACAACAGCUAGAAGCCCUGCGACAUCACAUCAACAAGUUGGACUCUACAGAGAACCAGGUGGAUGAGACUAUAUUUUUACUGGAGUCUUACAUCAUCUCUACCAAGAGCAAGUGAGAAAGAUAGAGGGAGCCAGAGAAUCACGAUGGUUGGACUUACAUAUGCACCUACAUAGUAGAUUCACUUGGAGCUUUUUUUGCCUUACGUAUAGAUUAUCAUUAUAUUUAAGUUUUAUGCUAAACAAUGUCUUCUAGUGUGACUGUUUUGUAUAAUAGUUAUUGAAAACAAUGAUGGAAGACAUUAAUAAAUUUGAUAUAAUAAAAGUAAAAUGUGUA